UACAGAUUUGGGGGAAUUCAUCAUAAUCUCAGUAAAACACAGGAGAAAACGUUCCAGGCACGUGGACAUCAUUUUUCAUAUGCAUCACGUUACAGGAAAACAGAAUUGAUGCUGGAAACAUGUCAAAAGAUAUGCAAACAUGACCUGAAUUAAUGGACUGGCUGUUGAGCCCCAAUUCCCGCACUGUUGACGCUGGAGCGGACGUGGGGGUUCCGUUUUGGAAGUGAGGAAAAGUAUCCCUGAACAGGGAGCCCUGUCGUGGGAGCCACGUGGCUCACUGGGGGGGGGGGCCUCCUACCCGCUUCGGAGGCGGGGCGACCCUCCCCUCCGCCCUGGGCGGGAAUGGGGGCUGUGGAGGCUGUACUGUCAGCCGGAUGCUGGAUGGUAACUGUUGAGAAGAGAGCAGCACGUGGCUUCUCCGUCGUCAGGCAGAGCUCUUCAGUGCGGUGGGCUCCAGGAGGGCUCUGUGCCUCUGCUCAGCCGAGCUCCAGCGGAAGCCUAGGGAGGCAGGAGAGGUGCGGAGCUGCAGCUACUGCCCCGCUCCAGAGAGGGCUGGACACUCUCCCUCGGCUGCAGGUGCAGGAGCAGCCAGGCUUACCUCCACCUGAGCCAUGCCGGCCAGCCUCACAGAGGACAGCCCAGUGACCAACGGGACCGAGCAGGCGCCGGAUUCUCCGGUCCUUUGCACUGCAACAGUGACUUUCACUGCAGUAGCGGAAGGAGAGGAGUGGGGGUCCUUCUACCACUCCUUUAAGACUGAGCAGUUGAUAACUCUGUGGGUCCUCUUUGUUUUCACCAUUGUUGGAAAUGCCAUCGUGCUGUUCUCUACAUGGAGGAGGAAGAGGAAGUCGAGAAUGACCUUCUUCGUGACUCAGCUGGCCAUCACAGACUCUUUCACAGGACUGGUUAACAUCUUGACAGAUAUCAUUUGGCGAUUCACUGGAGACUUCAUGGCACCUGAUCUGGUUUGCCGAGUGGUCCGCUAUUUACAGGUCGUGCUGCUCUACGCCUCUACCUAUGUCCUGGUGUCCCUCAGCAUAGACAGAUACCAUGCCAUCGUCUACCCCAUGAAGUUCCUGCAAGGAGAAAAGCAGGCCAAGAUCCUCAUCGCGACUGCCUGGAGUCUCUCCUUCCUGUUCUCCAUUCCCACCCUGAUCAUAUUUGGGAAAAGGGAACUCUCCAAUGGCGAAGUGCAGUGCUGGGCCCUGUGGCCCGACAACUCCUACUGGACGCCAUACAUGACCAUCGUGGCCUUCCUGGUGUACUUCAUCCCCCUGACCAUCAUCAGCAUCAUCUAUGCCAUUGUGAUCAGAACUAUUUGGAUCAAGAGCAAAGCCCAUGAGACGGUGAUUUCCAAUUGUUCGGAUGGAAAGCUGUGCACCAGUUACAACCGAGGGCUCAUCUCAAAGGCAAAAAUCAAAGCUAUCAAGUACAGCAUAGUCAUCAUUCUCGCCUUCAUCUGCUGUUGGAGUCCGUACUUCCUCUUCGACAUCUUGGACAAUUUCAGCCUCCUUCCAAACACCAAGGACCGUUUCUACGCCUCUGUGAUCAUUCAGAACCUUCCGGCCCUGAACAGUGCCAUCAACCCCCUCAUCUAUUGUGUUUUCAGCAGCUCUAUCUGCUUCCCCUGUGGGGAGCAAAGAUCACGGGACUCCAGAAUGACAUGUCGGGAAAGAAUUGAGAGGCAUGAGAUGCAGGUUCUUUCCAAGCCAGAAUUCAUGUAGACCCUGGAGCAGUGUAGUGCUAGGCUGAGCCCUACCAGCUUUCCUGGGUCCUGAUCACCACCUUGGGUAUGUGCACAAAAGACUGAGCCAACUUCUCCACCCUGCAUUUUUCAUCCCUUGGGGCAAACGUCCUAAUCAGUGUGUGUUACCUGCUUGGCAAGUGCUGGCCAAUAUGAAGCCAUGAACUGUUCAGCCAGCCAGGAAAGACGCUCCUUCCUUCCCUGCUCCGAGCUGUCCUUCUGACUGGUCAGCACGAGAAUCAAUGGACAGAGACAUCAUCGCUAGCCCAGGGUCCAGACUUGGGCAAGCAGAGGGAACUAAAGAAGCAUGGUGGUAUGUGUUUCUUGUAAUUACAAUUUAAGAAGUAAAUAAAAGGCUUACCUGGUCCUAGAUUUUCCUCCCA